CACACUCCUGCUGCGUUCAUCUACAUGCUGAAGUGUCCCCAGGCCCAGCUGCACUUCCUGGGCCUGUUCCUGGCGGUGCUCGCAGCCUCCGAGUCCCUCCUGAUCUCCCUCCUGGCUCUCCUGCUCGGUCUCACUGGGGCCUGGUUUUACAUCCGGUCUCUCUGGAACGAUUACGCCCAGCAGUUUCUUCACAACAACCUACUGGACAUCCGGAGAACCUACCUGGAGGCAGCAGACUCUUGUCUCUGGGUGGCAGAGGCUGAGGGGGCGGUGGUGGGCAUGGUGGGGGCCGUCCUACCCGAGGACCCGUCAGAAAGGGGGUGCGCCCUGGAACUGAAGCGUAUGUCUGUGGGGAGGGAGCACCGGGGCCGGGGCAUCGCCAAGGCGCUCUGCAGGACGGUCAUCCGCUUCGCCCAGGAACGCGGGUACAGUGCGGUCGUGCUGAACACCACCAUGGUUCAGUACUCAGCCCAGCAGCUGUACGAGAACAUGGGCUUCCGGAGGGUCUUGGAGAGGUCCCCAUCGCUCCUCGCCAGCUUCCUGCAGUUCUCCGUCUUCUAUUACCGAUACGAGAUUCCAGGGUCUCGCUGAAGGCUCAGGGGGGGCGAUUCUUCGCCUGCCUGCUCAGCCGCUGGGAGCUUUGCCUGGCUUGUUAAUUAACUCCCAGCAAGUUGCUACUUUUUUACCUUUUGGGUUAAAAAAUAAACUGAGCUUGGAGGAAAAGUC